ACGCGCGCCGGCGACCAUGGCGUUCGCCGGGCUGGAGCGAGUGUACUAGCCCCGGGAGGCGGCGGCGGCGAGGGAGCGAGCCUCGAGCGGGCGGGCCCAGCCUGAGGGAAGGGAGGAAGGGGCGGGGAGAGCGCCGGAGGGAGGCCGGUCGGCCGCGGGCGGGCGGGCAGCGCAGCGCCGAGCGGGGCCCGCGGGCCCAUGAGGAGGCCCGGGGACCAUGGGCUCCAGGAUCAAGCAAAACCCAGAGUCCACGUUUGAAGUCUACGUUGAAGUGGCCUACCCCAGGACAGGCGCUGUUCUUUCAGAUCCUGAGGUGCAGAGGCAAUUCCCGGAGGACUACAGUGACCAGGAAGUUCUACAGACUUUGACCAAGUUUUGUUUCCCCUUCUAUGUGGACAGCCUCACAGUGAGCCAAGUUGGCCAGAACUUCACUUUCGUGCUCACUGACAUUGACAGCAAACAGAGAUUCGGAUUCUGUCGCUUAUCUUCCGGAGCGAAGAGCUGCUUCUGUAUCUUAAGUUAUCUUCCCUGGUUCGAAGUAUUUUAUAAGCUCCUUAACAUCUUGGCGGAUUACACGACAAAAGGACAGGAAAGUCAGUGGAAUGAACUUCUUGAAACGCUGCAUAAACUUCCCAUCCCUGACCCGGGAGUGUCUGUUCAUCUCAGUGUGCAUUCUUAUUUUACUGUGCCUGACACCAGAGAACUUCCCAGCAUACCUGAGAAUAGAAAUCUGACAGAAUAUUUUGUGGCUGUGGAUGUAAACAACAUGUUACAUCUGUACGCCAGUAUGCUCUAUGAACGCCGGAUCCUCAUCAUUUGCAGCAAACUCAGCACUUUGACCGCCUGCAUCCACGGCUCUGCCGCCAUGCUGUACCCCAUGUUCUGGCAGCACGUGUACAUCCCCGUCCUGCCGCCACAUCUGCUGGACUACUGCUGUGCUCCCAUGCCCUACCUCAUAGGAAUCCAUUUAAGUUUAAUGGAGAAAGUCAGAAACAUGGCCCUGGACGAUGUCGUGAUCCUUAACGUGGACACCAACACUCUGGAAACCCCCUUCGAUGACCUCCAGAGCCUCCCCAAUGACGUGAUCUCUUCACUGAAGAACCGGCUGAAGAAGGUCUCCACCACAACCGGCGAUGGGGUGGCCCGAGCAUUCCUCAAGGCCCAGGCAGCUUUCUUCGGCAGCUACCGAAAUGCUCUGAAGAUUGAGCCGGAGGAGCCGAUCACCUUCUGUGAGGAGGCCUUCGUGUCCCACUACCGCUCUGGGGCCAUGCGGCAGUUCCUGCAGAAUGCCACACAGCUGCAGCUCUUCAAACAGUUCAUUGAUGGUAGAUUAGACCUUCUCAAUUCCGGUGAAGGGUUCAGUGAUGUGUUUGAAGAGGAGAUCAACAUGGGCGAGUACGCAGGCAGUGACAAGCUGUACCAUCAGUGGCUCUCCACCGUCCGGAAAGGAAGCGGAGCCAUUCUGAAUACCGUAAAAACAAAAGCAAACCCGGCCAUGAAGACUGUCUAUAAGUUUGCAAAAGAUCAUGCAAAAAUGGGAAUAAAAGAGGUGAAAAACCGCUUGAAGCAAAAGGACAUCGCAGAGAACGGCUGUGGCCCCGCCACAGAGGAGCAGCUGCCGAAGACUGCGCCGUCCCCGCUGGCGGAGGCCAAGGACCCCAGGCUUCGAGAAGACCGGCGGCCAAUCACCGUCCACUUCGGGCAGCCACAAAGACUCCGACCCACACGCCCGCCGCCUCCCAAGAUGCAGCGCUCGAGGCCCGUGCGCCCGCCUCGCCCGCAUGUCGUUAAGAGACCCAAGAGCAACAUCGCUGUGGAAGGUCGGAGGACGUCGGUCUCCAGCCCCGAACACCUGGUAAAGCCCUUGCGACACUAUGCUGUCUUCCUCUCCGAAGACUCCUCUGACGAGGAAGGCCAGCAGCAAGAGGGCCCCGGCUCUGGCUUCACCGAGAGCUUUUUCUUCUCCGCUCCCUUUGAAUGGCCGCAGCCAUAUCGGACGCUCAAGGAGUCAGACAGUGCGGAGGGCGAGGCAGAGAGCCCAGAGCAGCGGGCUCGGGAGCCGGCGGGCCCUGCCCCAGCGCCGCCUGACCGGGCUGCCAGCGUCGACCUCCUGGAAGAUGUCUUCAGCGGCCUAGACGUGGAUGUCCCCCUGCAGCCGCUGGGCCAGGCCAAGAGCCUGGAGGACCUGCGGACCCCCAGAGACCUGCGGGAACAGCCGGGGACCUUCGACUAUCAGAGGCUGGACCUGGGCAGGGGCGAGAGGAGCCGUGGGAUGCCGGUGGCCUUGAAGCUCACCCACCCCUACAACAAGCUCUGGAGCCUGGGCCAGGAUGACAUGGCCAUCCCCAGCAAGCACCCAGACAUCUCUCCCGAGAAGCCCCCGGCCCUGCUUGGGAACUCUCUGGCUCUGCCUCGCAGGCCCCAAAACCGGGACAGCAUCCUGAACCCCAGCGACAAGGAGGAGGCACCUACCCCCACUCCGGGCAGCAUCACCAUCCCUCGACCCCAGGGCAGGAAGACUCCAGAGCUGGGCAUCGUGCCCCCACCCCCCACUGCUCGCCCCACCAAGCUUCAGGCUGCCGGUGCCCUUGGUGACUUCUCAGAGCGGGACAGGCAAGCCCUGAGCCCCGCUCCGUUCCCGGGGCUCCUCCCCUCCGCUGCUCACCAAGGCCCGCCCGAACUGCUCCAGCCACUUAACCUGGCUGCCGGGGCUGCAGGUGCAGGCAGCGAUGCUCUGCUGGCUCUCCUGGACCCACUCAACACCAGCUGGUCAGGCAGCACCCUUCCCCCAGGCCCUCCAGCCCAAAAUGUAGCCACCCCAUUCACCCCCCAGUUCAGCUUUCCGCCCACAGGGGCCCCCAGUCCAUUUCCACAGCCAUCACUCAACCCCUUUGUCCCAUCUGUGCCGGCGGCACUGUCCGCCAUGUCCCUGGUCUCCACACCAGCCAGGCCUUUCGGGGCCUCUCCUGCCUCCCUGGGGCCAACAUUUGCUCCUGGCCUCCUGCUGUCCAGUCCCGGCUUCUGUGCCCCACAUAGAUCUCAGCCCAACCUGUCUGCCCUCUCCAUGCCCAACCUCUUUGGCCAGAUGCCUAUGGGUGCCCACACCAGUCCCCUGCAGCCCCUGGGCCCCCCAACAGUCGCCCCUUCAAGGAUCCGAACGUUGCCCCUGGCCCGCUCAAGCGCCAGGGCUGCUGAGGCCAAGCAGGGGCGGGGCCUGAGGCCCGGCGACCCCCCACUCCUUCCUCCCCGACUCCCCCAGGGCCUGGAGCCAGCACUGCAGCCCUCUGCUCCUCGAGAGGCUAGAGACCCCUUUGAGGAUUUGUUACGGAAAACCAAGCAAGACGUGAGCCCGGCCCCGGCCCCGGCCCCCGGCUCAGUGGAGCAGCUCAGGAAGCAGUGGGAGACCUUUGAGUGAGUGGGUGCAAAGGCAGGGGCCAGCCAAGGCCUGAGCACCACACACCCCCCGCUGGGGCUUCCAGGCCGGUCAGCCCUCUGCUUCCCCUGAUGCUGUUUCUGCCCAGGUUCUACUGGUGAGAAGGGGUGGGAACCCUUCCUGCCGCCCCCACCUCUGGGCCACUCUGUCCGUGGCUGAGGUCUGGCCGCUGGAGAAGGACACCACUUCCGGACUGGGCUCCGACCCAGUUGCUGGGGGCUCACCCCACCCUGGCAUCGCCCCUCCUUAGGACCCCCUAUUGGGUUUUGCACUAAAGACCUAUUGGGUCGGGGCCAGUGGCUGCCCCAGACCACGUGCUACCCACUCCCCUGCGGGCCUCUGCCCCCGCCCCGUAGCGCAGCCCUGCAGGCCUACGCCGCGACGGGGGUUUGGAGUUUGAGGUUAAGGAACCGGCUGUGGACGGGAGCGUCUGCCUGGUGGGCAUUGCCAAAUGCUCGAGCAAUACGCACACUCGCUCUUUCAGGAGUCUCCACCCCAAGCCCCAAACUCCACUCGUUCUGUCCUGGGAGAGACUUGGGGGCUGAGGUUAGUCUUGGGGCCCCUGGUGACAGCCGAGCCCAGACCCAGCCAGUUCUGGUGGGGACCGGGAGCACCAGCACCUCUGACUUGUAGAAGAAAAAUUAGCAGCAGAUAAAUCUGGGCGCCCCAGGAGGCAGAGUCCCAUUGUUCCGUGUGACCAGGGCUCAGUCUCUGGUCGGGGGUGCCAGAGGGACGCUGAGCUGAGAAGCUGGCACCCAGGCUCCACGGGACAGGCGAAGCUGCUUUCUGGGUCAGGGAUGGGCAGGGGCCGAGGCCUGCUCCAGCCCCGGGAGUGGACAGACCGGGCUGCUUGCUGCCCGGAGGCAGGCCAGCGUCACCAAAGCUCAAUGGAAAAGUUUUGUUAUUGUUUCUUUUAUCUUUUCCUUUUUACUUUAUUGAUUUGAUGAAUCUUGAAAUUGACUCGUUUCAAUAAAGCAAGUUAAAAUAUGGCCCUGCCAUUUAAGAAAACAGCCAGCUGAGACAUGCAGGAAAUUGUGAGCAUUUGGACAUGAUUCCUCAUUUCCUAUUUGUGUCUAACGGGGAAGGGGUUCAC